AUGAGUUCGUGCUUUGGUUGUCAACAUCUCAUCAGUGUUACUGAUAAAAUCUGUUGUUUGGAUUGUAAAAAUAACUUCCACUCACACACAAAGACCUCUUACGGUAAACUUACAGCUAAAGCUAAGACAAACUGGAAGUGUCCAGCCUGUAAGUUACCUCGAAAAAACGACGACGUCAAUACUCCUGUGAAGUCAAUGUUCGACAGUCCUCCGCCCCCCGCAACCUUACCGUCGGCGGCGGGUAACUUAGAUGAAUAUUUUAGAAACAUGGAAUUAUCGCUUUUAUCGAAACUAAAGACUGUGUUGGUCUCUUUGAUUGAAGAAAAAAUACUUAAGGACAUCCAGAAAAAAGUAGGUGUAAUACCGCAAGUAAAAACACACCUUGAUGAAAUAACGCAAAGUCUGAGCUUGUUAUCAGAUAAGCACGAUACAAUAAUGGCAGAAAACCAGCAAUCACGGGAAAAGAUCAGUAAAUUGGAGAAGACAGUUGUAAAUAUAAACAAUAAGUGUGUGUAUUUAGAGAAGUGCAACGUUGCGCUUGAACAGAAGAUCCAUGAAUUCGAGCAGGCUUCUCUAAAUGACCGCAUAGAAAUAAUGGGCAUCGAAAAACUACCAGGUGAAAAUCUCAAGGAGCUUAUUUCUAAGGUUGGGGACACAAUCAAUGUAAAUACUUCAGAAAUCGAGUGGGCCAGGCGAGUCACUACCACCCGCCCUCUGAAAACAAGCGCAAAACCGGCACCUAUAGUGGUGAAAUUCAAGGCUUCAGGAGCUAACUCCCGUGACACCUGGUUGGCGCAGCGCCGUAAAAUGAUGGAGGUGACGAGUGACAAACUAACAGGUGGAUCGGCCACCAACAAAAUAUACAUCAACGAAGCACUUACUAAGGUAACUAGAACCCUGUUGUGGAACACGAAGAAGCAGCUACAUGGCGUAUACAAGUACAUAUGGGUAUCUAGUGGUAAAAUUCUAGUAAAAAAAAGUGAAGCAUUCCUGGAUUCGAUGUUAAUGUACAUACUCGUUGUGGGCGAAGAGGUGGAGGAGUGUUGGUUUACUCUCGCACGGGGUUGUGCGCGCGGCUUAAUCAGAAGCCCCUCCUUGUGA